GAAGAUACAAGUUUAAAAUACAAAGCACAACGAAGUCUUUUAACGUAAUUGAGUUGCAAAAUUUGGCGAGUAAGCCGCAAUUUGGCGUGAUAAACAUGAGAAAGACCUGUGGUAAGUGGUUGCAGUUGGUUACUAUAGUUGGCUUGUUUUUCCUCUUCACAUCAGUGAACGGAAGACGGCGAUGUGGAAGAUCAUUAAAACACAUCAAACUACCAGCACACACGAUAUUUGCCAGCAAACAACGCAAGGCGAAUCACGUGACAUUGAUGUGUGAAAAUGGAUAUUACUUCACCAGAGGAAAAAAUAUCAAAGAUUUAUCUUGCAAGAUUCUGAGGAAUAUAUCUAACUAUGAAGUUCCCAAAUGUAGAGGAUGUGGUAAACCACCAGGGUUAAGAAAUGGCACUGUGAAGUAUCCUGCAACCUCAGUAGGGUCCGUAGCGGUCUAUACGUGUGAUGUUGGCUUCAGCAUAAAGGGUUCCAGAAAACAGCGGAAAUGCAGAAGAAAUUUACGUUGGAGUGGUGGAAAGUCACGUAUCUCUUGUCAAAAGAAUAAAUGCUCCGACCCGGGAUUUAGAGAGAUAUUAAAUGGAAAUGUAACAUUCAGUGAUACACUAUUCGAAGAAUUUACGACGAUCUCCUUUGAGUGUGAUGAAAAUUAUGAACUUUUUGGUGAAGAAGAUAUCGUUUGUUUGCACGGAUCUUGGUCGACAAAUCGCCGACCAUUUUGUAGAAAGAAGCGUUGUCCAAGGCCAGACAUACCACAGCAUGGUCGAAUAUUUGGAAAUAAUUUUUUUAUUGGCUCCACUGUCGAGUUUUUCUGUAACUCUGGAUUUACUUUGUAUGGAUCAAGAAAAAGAACAUGUCAAGAUGAUAAAACGUGGAACGGAUCUGCCACUGUUUGUGAUGAUGGAAGCUCAUAUUGCCGAGAUCCAGGAACCCCUGUCGGUGCAAUAAAAUCAGGAAAAGACUACAACGAAGGAGACGUUGUUUACUACACAUGCAAGAAUGGUUUAAAACUCUUCCAAGGUUCACAGAGCAGAACAUGUUUGAACAAUAAAACUUGGAGUGGAGAACCUCCUAGAUGUGUUGAUAAAGACUUCAAAGUCUUCCGUCCAAUCAACGAGACAGCAAAACUCCUGGGUGAAGAAUUUGUUAAUUCCCUGCUACAAACAACAUGCUCAGGAACCAACGUCUCAUGUCCAGUGUAUGAUACCAGAGCACGUGCGCUCAACUUGAAAUAUAAAAAUGGACUGGACCUAAUUUUUGUGCUGGAUACUUCAAGUAGUAUUAAAGAGAAAAAUUUUGAGAUCGCAAGGGGGUUCGUGGAAACAUUGGUUAAUAUAUUUGGCGUUGAUAGAAGACCAGAUGGAACACGAAUAGCAUGUGUCACGUAUGGAACACGUGCAGACGUCCAGUUCACCUUUACCUCUGCUUCAGUAGAAACAAAAAAUGAUGCGUUGAAAAAGAUUAGAGAAAUCAAAUAUACACGAGGCGGAACAGCCACAAGGUUGGCCUUAGAAAAAGUUGAAAACGUCAUUCUUCCAUCAUCCGUGAGAUAUAACACCACAAAGGCCAUGUUUAUUGUGACAGAUGGAGAAUCAAAUGUCGGAGGAUCGCCAAAGAAGGCCGCUGAUCGCCUCAAAAACGAAAAUGUAGAAAUAUAUGUUAUUGGUAUAGGGAAGAAAGUCAGACACGAAUCCUUGAGAGCAUUAGCAUCUAAAGAUGAAAACAUUUUUACCAUAGAGAGCUACAAAGAUUUAAAUAAAGUUAAAAAGAAACUUGUCAACAUGCCUUUAAGAGAUUUCUCGGAAUGUGGACGCUCGCCAUUUAAACCGUAUGACGUCAGAGCUCGAAUCGUUGGUGGAAGAGUGACAGAUGAACGCAAUUCAAACUGGCCAUGGGCAGUACAAGUCUUGAUCACAAAUGGUCAUAUAGCUAAGCCGUCGCUCUGUGGUGGAACAUUAAUUUCGCAAGAAUUUGUAUUAACUGCAGCUCAUUGUGUUGACAGGAAAAAAAACCAGCCACAAGCUGUUCAAGUGGCAUUCCAAGACAGAAAAAUAACGGUGUACACGAGUCUUGGGCUUUAUAUCCACCCUGAUUACAAUUCCAAAAACUUUAAAAACGAUAUCGCACUGAUUAAAAUCCCGAAACUAAAACGCUUUACAAGAAACCAACAAGCAAUCUGCCUCCCCCGUGAAAUAAACACGAAUAUAUUUCAAAAUAGCAGGCAGGUGUACGUAGUUGGAUGGGGUAGAACCACACCGCGCAAACCAAAUGAACACGCUGGUUACGAAAUCUCAAAGAAACUUAAAGAACUACAGCUACCGUUGAAAGCAAAUGAAUUUUGUGAAGACAGUGUAAAAAACAAGACUGAAAAAGAUCACGAUAAAGGCAAAUGGUAUUUUAACAGCACGACACAGUUCUGUGCUGGAGAUAUCACAGGGAAGAAUGAUGCAUGCACAGGCGACAGUGGUGGUCCAGCCAUGGUGCUUUAUCAACAUCCAGUAAGCGGCAAAUUGCGUUGGUUCCAAGUUGGCAUCGUAAGCUGGGGCUAUGGCUGUGCACAAAAGGGAGAAGCUGGCUUCUACACCAAAGUCUCCCCGUUUAUAGACUUUAUAGAUAUGAUAAUGAGAUCCUAACUUUUUCUAUUUUGUUUAAAUGACAUCACGCAAUUUGUAUGAAAAGUUGUUUCUAUUAUAACUUUGGACCUAAAAGAGUUCCAAGGUUUACUGUAUACUUGAAUACUGCUAGAGUAUUUGUCUAUUU